GCGUGUUUACUCCGUACGGACCCUUUUCUUUUGGCUCCGUUUACGGAAGUGGGUCGUCAUUAUUUACUAAACGGGACCAGUACGAUAUCGAUCAUCUGUAGAUUAGAUUAUUUCGUGUUAGUUUGUGUCGGACAGCAGAAUGCGCUCGGCCUGGCUGCUGUCGGCCGGCUGUGUGCUGUGGGUCUGCUCUCUGACAGCCGCUAUUGAGCCCAUCAGCACCAGUAUAGCGGUCGGGAUGGCAGCGGCUCUGACGGGCUUUCUGGCCGGAUAUCAGAACAUGUUUUAUUACUUCAAUGAGUGCUGCAGACCCGAGUGGAUCUCUUACAACAAAACAGGCCUGAAGUAUGACCUGGACACAAAGCUUUAUGGGCAGCACGUCGCAGGUCAAGUCAUCCUGAAAGCCGUCACGGGCUUCAUGAACAACAAAAAACCAAAGAAACCGCUGGUUCUGUCCCUGCACGGCUGGACCGGCACCGGGAAGAACUUUGUGAGCCAACUAUUGGCUGAAAACAUUUACGUGAAAGGCAUGGAGAGCAGCUUCGUCCAUCUGUUUACAGCAACAGCACACUUUCCUCAUGAGAUCCACAUAGACACCUACAAGACGCAGUUACAGGAUUGGAUACGAGGAAACGUUUCCAUCUGCCCUCGUUCCAUGUUCAUUUUCGAUGAAAUGGAUAAAAUGCAUCCCGGGUUGAUCGACAGUAUAAAGCCGUACCUGGAUUUUUACGAUAACCUGAAUGGAGUGUCUUACAGAGAGGCCAUCUUCAUCUUCCUCAGUAACGCCGGUGGUGAGAACAUCGUUCAGGUGGCUCUGGAUUUCUGGAAGGACGGCAAAGAACGAGAAGAGAUCCAGCUGAAGCAUCUGGAGACGGCGCUUUCACUGUCUGUCUUCAACAACAAAAACAGCGGUUUCUGGCACACCAGUCUGAUCGAUAAGAACCUGGUGGAUUUCUUCGUGCCGUUUCUCCCUCUGGAGUACAAGCACAUCAUUCAGUGCGGUCUGGCGGAGAUGAUCGCCAAGGGGCAUUCGCCUGACAAAGAAGUGGUGGAAAAAAUGGCCCACGACCUCAACUAUUUCCCUAAAGAGGAGCGCGUUUUCUCCAUGCAGGGCUGCAAAGUCAUUCCCAGCAGACUGGACUUCUAUAUCUGAACGAGAAGAGACAGAUGAGACUCUUUAUAAUUGACAGAAAUGGAGGAAUUGAGAGUAAACCAUGCUCAUUAAAGACUCUCAAGAGUGUUUUUAUCCAAUCACACGUCUUUUAUACAACAAUGGACUGUUUUAUUAAUGUCGAAUCAGCUGCUCGUGUCCCUGUUUUAAAGGGUGUUUGUUUAAAGAUGAUGAAUUUGCAGCGUACACUUUUUUAAAAAACGACUUUGCACAUUAUGGAGCUCCUGUAAAAAAAAAAACACUGGUGAUUCUAUGAAGCAUUAUUUGCUAUCAUGAUUUAUAUAUAAAUUGUACUUUGUAUGUCAAAAGCACUAAUUUGCCUUCAUCUUCAAUUAUCACAGAUGUUUAUUACAGCCUUUUUUGGGGGGUUUUCGGCUAAGCAAUGUUUAGAAUGAAAGUGAUCGUUAGAUAAGUCACAUGACCUUAAAAGCUUUAAUUUUCCUAAUUUGUCAGGAUUUACCAUUUUUGUUAAGUUUCUGGAUCACAGAUUGUAGUGUUGGUGGUUUAUAAUUGAAGAUUUUGAGUAAAUGUGUGCCUUUAUCUCAAUAGAGAGAUUUAAGUUCAGCAAAAAACAUGAUUUUUUAUUUCUUAAAGGCACUGAUUAUUAAUUGAUCUUGUUUUGAACGUAAUGUAACAUUUGAGACGUUUAUGAAGACUUCUGAGAUGCUCCAGGAAAAAAAUGUGAAAUACUUGAACUACAAGUUGAUUUUUGAUAAACGUUACGAGCUAAACUAA